AAGAGGAGGAAGUCAAAGAGAAGAGGCGCUUUUGAGGGAGCACCAGAUUUUACAGUAUCUCCUGUCACCCAGGUUGAAAAUCCAGCCGUUUUGACUGCCCCUUUACUGUCUCACUGUUCAUUUUCUGAACACCAAUGAAUGGCCUUGGGAAAACUUGACCCUUCAAGGAAUAAUCCAACUUCUCCAGAGGAAAAUAACUACUUGACCAGAAUAUUCUUUAAGAACAAAAUAAGGAGCCCAACCUCACCAUAUAAAACUGUUUAGAGCAAAACUAAACUUCUGAAUACAACGGAUUAUAAUUUCUACAGCCUGUGAACAACUGCUGAUCAAAUUGCUAAAGGCUGCUGUUUUUGUGGUUGAGGCUUUCUUCUUUGGUUUUACUUUUAACUUAGUUUUGUUUUGCAAGAACGAAAGAGGAAGGGCCGCCUAACCAGGCUGCGGGACGAUUCCAGCAAGCCUCGAGUUUCCUGGGGUUCACAGCCGCGGACUUCAGCCAGCAAGUGCAGAAGCGCUUGUUGCUGCCUCAGCUGCACCUGGGUUUUUCCUUGUCUUGCAGUUUGUAGCUUAGAAGAACGGUGCGCAAGCGACUCCAGCUCUUCCCACACCCAGGCCAGUGUGGCUCUCUCUCAGGGCUCUGUCAUAGUGAAAAGUGUGUAUGUGAGUGUGGUGUGUGUGUGUGUCAGAAAACGAAAGAGAAGGGGAGAGAGACUGAUCGAUCCUUCGGCCUCAACAUCAGCAUCCCUUAGUCGUCCGCUUCUGUCCCCAGGCUGGUGUCUUCUGGUGCAGUAGCUCCGAGAUGAAGCCACCCUGGAAAAUCCUUAUGGCCACUCCUCUGUUCUUUCUCCUGACCCUUCACACCUUGGCCUCUCCAGCCUAUGACCACCAGCCCGGCACCAGACGCUCCAAAGGCCAAGUCUGUAUAGCCCUCCAGCACAGCUUUCCAUGUGACGUGGCUGAUUUCUGCUCCCUUGCAGGGUGUGUGCUGGUGGUGUCUGUGAUUGAACAGCUUGCUCAAGUUCACAACUCAACGGUCCAGACCUCAAUGGAGAGACUGUGCAGCUACUUGCCUGAAAAACUGUUCUUGAAGACCACCUGCUACUUAGUGGUAAGCAUAUUUGGACCAGACAUCAUAAAACUGCUCAAAGCGGAUGUAAAUGCUGAUGUGGUGUGUCACACCCUGGAGUUUUGUAAACAGGACCCUGGCCAACCCUUGUGUCACCUCUAUCCCCUUCCUAAGACAUAUUCCAGAAGUGGUUCUGAUAUUUGUUCACUCCCAUUUUUGGCCAAGAUCUGUCAGAGGAUUAAAUUGGCUAUACAAAAUUCUUUACCAUUCAAAGAUGUAGAUUCAGACAAAUACAGUGUUUUCCCAACACUGCGGGGCUCUCACUGGCGAGGGAGAGACUGUAACGACAGCAACAAGAUGGCAUACCCAGGCAGAAGGCCAGACAACUGGGAUACACAUCAGGAUUCAAACUGUAAUGGCAUUUGGGGUGUUGAUCCAAAAGAUGGAAUUCCAUAUGAGAAGAAAUUCUGUGAAGGUUCACAGCCCAGGGGAAUCAUUUUGCUGGGAGACUCAGCUGGGGCUCAUUUUCACAUCCCUCCCGAUUGGAUCACAGCUUCACAGAUGUCUUUGAAAUCCUUCUUCAAUUUACCAACAGCUCUUACCAAUGAGCUCGACUGGCCCCAACUCUCUGGCACUACUGGAUUUCUGGACUCCACUAGCAGAGUUAAAGAAAACUCUAUUUACCUUCGUUUACGGAAAAGAAACCACUGCAAUCACAGGGACUACCAGAACAUUUCAAGAAAUGGUGCAUCUUCCCAAAGCCUGGAGAGAUUUAUAGAAAGUUUGUCUAGGAACCAGCUGUUGGACCAACCAGCCAUUGUCAUAUACGCCAUGAUUGGAAAUGAUGUCUGCAACGGGAAGAUUGAUCCCGUCCCAGGAAUGACCACUCCUGAAAAAUUGUACUCAAAGGUCAUGGAGACUCUGCAGUAUCUAGAUUCUCACCUGCCAAAUGGCAGCCAUGUUAUUUUAUACGGCUUACCAGAUGGAACCUUUCUCUGGGAUAAUUUGCACAGCAGAUAUCAUCCUCUCGGCCAGCUGAACAAGGACGUGACCUACGCGCAUCUCUACUCCUUCCUGAGCUGUCUCCAGGUCAGCCCCUGCCACGGCUGGAUGUCUUCCAAUAAAACGCUCCGGACUCUCACUUCAGAGAGAGCAGAACAACUCUCCAUUACGCUGAAAAAAAUUGCAACCAGCCAGAAAUUUACAAACUUCAAUCUUUUCUACAUGGAUUUUGACUUCCAAGAAAGUGUGUGUGUGUGUGUGCACGCCCCGCAGUCACGGAGGAGUGGCAGAAGAGCGGAGGGCAGCUCUGCCAGCUCAUUGAACCCGUGGAUGGAUUCCACCCUAGUGAGGUGGCUUUACAGCUGUUGGCAGAUCGCUUCUGGAAGAAGGUGCAGCUCCAGUGGCCCCAGGUCCUGGGAAAGGAGAAUCCAUUCAACCUCCAGAUUGAGCAGGUGUUUGGAGACCAAGGGGGGCACUAAGUCCUCAGGGACACCUGCUCCUGGGGAGCUCAGGAAGGCAGAAACUUGGGUAAACUCAUUCAAGAAAUGGUUAUGGGAGCGGCUGUGUCACAAACUCACAGGCCCCUCUUCAGCAGCAUCCUUGCAAAGUGCUUUUCUCCCAUUUAAAAGCCUAGUGUCACUCUCUUCACUUCCCCUCUGCCACUUUUGGGGAUGGCUUCCCAAAUAAACCACUGGCACCCAAAUCUUUGUCUCAAUAAAGACAAAAUUAUAAUGACAGUGUGUGCA